AUGAAUAACAAUGAACGUUUAGGAAAGUGCCCAAGGGGGCCGCCGCAGUCAGGGACAGAACCAUCUCCUCCAGGUGCCCAAGGGGGCCGUCAUCGGGGACAGAACCCUCGCCCCCAGGUCCCCAAGGGGGCCGUCAGCGGGGACAAAACCCUCGCCCCCGGGUGCCCAAGGGGGCCGUCAGUCGGGGACAAAACCUCCCCCCCAGGUGCCAAGGGGGCCGUAGUCAGGGACAGAACCCUCCCCCCCGGGUUGCCCAAGGGGGGCCGCAUCAGGGACAAAAACCCUCUUUCCCCGGUGCCCAAGGGGGGCCGUCAGUCAGGGACAAAACCCCUCUCCCCAGGUGCCCAAGGGGCCGCAGUCAGGGCAGAACCCUCCCCGGGGCCCCAAUGGGGCCGCCGAUAG